AAACCAGGCCACGCAGAGGCUGCCUGCAAACUUUCCACUGAGUGCCCGGCAGCAGCUCCUUGCUCUGUGGGGAGUUCUCGCGGAUCCCAAUCAGGGCACGGAGAAUUGAUCCGUUAGCUUAACCAGGAAGGAGAGAGCGGGAGAGCCAGCUGGGAAGCUGGGAACCGGGGUAUCUUGGCGCGGCAGCCCCUCCCCCUGACUGGAGUAUUAAUUGCUACAUUGCCACUGCCAUGUAAGAAAGACAGUCAGCGAAGCCUGGGCGGAUCCAGUUCCCCCCCUCCCUGCACUGCUCAGCUCCGCUCUCCUCGGCGCUCGCAAAGCGCCCUGUGCCCUGGCAGUGCCGUCCCAGCCCUGGCAUCCUGAUGUCUUCCUGUGAGUAGGACUUGAGUGGACAGCAGGAAGGGGUGGAGGGGAAGGACGGAGGAAGGGAGCAGACACCGUGCCCUGCAGGCUCCCUGGAUGCAGGAGUCGGACUCGCUGCAGAGGCAGCUGUGCUGUUCCCGGAGCUUCUGGGGUGCGUCCAUCUCUUAGGGUUCGCCUAGGCGGGCUCCAAGUUCCAGGGGCAGACAAGGUGGACACCGUCUCUUCUGGGUGCUGACAGCAGAGCCUGCAUUCUCCCUGUACCACCAUGAGCGGCUGCUCCAAAAGAUGCAAGCUUGGGUUCGUGAAAUUUGCCCAGACCAUCGUGAAGCUCAUCACUGGGACCCUCAGCAAAGACAUCGCCUGGUGGUAUUACCAGUAUCAGAGAGAUAAGAUUGAAGAUGAGUUGGAGAUGACCAUGGUUUGCCACCGGCCUGAGGGACUGGAGCAGCUUGAGGCCCAGACCAACUUCACCAAGAGGGAACUGCAAGUCCUUUAUAGAGGCUUCAAAAAUGAGUGCCCCAGUGGUGUGGUCAAUGAGGAAACAUUCAAGCAGAUCUACGCUCAGUUUUUCCCUCAUGGAGAUGCCAGCACGUAUGCUCAUUACCUCUUCCACGCCUUUGACACCACCCAGACAGGCUCGGUGAAGUUCGAGGACUUCGUAACUGCUUUGUCAAUUUUACUGAGAGGAACCGUCCAUGAGAAACUAAGGUGGACAUUUAAUUUGUAUGACAUCAAUAAAGAUGGAUACAUAAACAAAGAGGAGAUGAUGGACAUUGUCAAAGCCAUCUAUGACAUGAUGGGGAAAUACACGUACCCUGUGCUCAGAGAAGACACUCCCAGGCAGCACGUGGAUGUCUUCUUCCAGAAAAUGGACAAAAAUAAAGAUGGGAUCGUGACUUUAGAUGAAUUUCUUGAAUCCUGUCAGGAGGAUGACAACAUCAUGAGGUCCCUCCAGCUGUUCCAAAACGUCAUGUAACUGCGGACACAGCUAUCGGCUCUCGGAGACCUACCAACCACCACCUGAACACCUCGAUCUGCCCUCGUUCUGACUUUAUACACCGACUCUCGGGACAGAAACACCUCUUACACUUCAGAAGAAUUCUCUGCUGAAGACUUUCUAUGGAACCCAGCAUCACGUGGCUCAGUCUCUGAUUGCCAGCUCUCCCUCCUUCCUCUUCUUGAGAGAGACAAGAUGAAAUUGGAAGCAUGCUCAUCUCACACUGCUGCCCCGUGGACGGUCCCUCUGCUUGAGCUUAAACAGUAGCGCGCACUUUUCUGCUUGCGUGGUCCAGCCCACUGCUUCCAUGUCCAGUAGACCUCGGUGUAUCUGGAAGCAAGAUGACCUGAGCCAAACGCACACCACUCCGUGAUGGCCUCCCAAACCAACGUGCCUGUUUCCCUUUCUUUGGUUGCAAGAACGAGCCUUGUACAGAACAACAGCAAUCUACGGUGACUUGAUUGGGAGGGCCAGCACCUAACGUAUGUAGGCUAGGACUGAAUCAAUAAGCAUGGUGUUGUCUGAUGACCCAAACUGCCCACGUCCUUUGUUUCCAGAGGCAAAGGCCAACCAUUCUCUCUCACACUAGCAUCUGUGCUAGUAGUGCCAGUCCUUUUAACUGCCUAGGAAGGGAGCCCAGGCCCAGUGGUCCACGCCUCCACUCCAUCUCCUGCUAGAGCACUGCAUGUCCCUUCCGGAAAGCCCCAGAAUGCCUGCAAACUGCUGUAAUUUUAUACCAUCUUCUGAUCAAUAAACAGAACUAUUUCUUACACUCUUAA